ACAAAAGUAUUGAAUAUAUUUUUGAUUUUGAAUCAUUUCAUCAAGACUAAACUUGACAACUUCAUGAACAUUUUAUUGGAAAUCGAAGAAGUCUAUUGAGCUUAUUUAUUUCUUAAUGGAAUGGAUCAUGAAAUUCUGACCAUAAAGUAAGAUGCACGACCUGCCGCCAGAUAAGGCCCUUUUAUAUUGGAUUCCGUCCGGUUUAGUUGCCAUUGGUAUGCUUAUAACCCUCCUGUGCUCAUUCUGGAAAUUUCAUAAAAGAAAAGUGUUUAUUCGUCAGCUCCAGCAAGAGUAUAUGGAAGUUAACUUAGCAAUUAAAAGACCUAGAAUUGGUGCUAUAAGAUGCAAUACACAUGGUGCAAGAUGGGAAGAUUUAAUGGCGUCAUUAAGUUCUUCUAAUUUUCCUAAUAUUGGGCCUUAUUUUAGACAUAUCAACCAAGUAAAAAACUUAAACCCGUGUGCUACAUUAUAUGAAGAGAAGGAGGACUCACCAGACAGACACUUGUCAGAUAAAUAUUAUAAUAAUCAUGGAGUAUAUGAGCACGAAAUUAAAACAGGCAUUAAUGCCUAUUAUGAACAGACUGGUUAUAUUGAAACAGAGACAAAACAUAGAGAGAAAAAGAAGAAAAAAAAGCGAUCAAGAUUUAAUUUAUAUGGAGCCACAUAUCACAACAAAGACUCUGGUAAUAGCAUUGAAAUUGCAACGCCUUCGUCGCCAAGACGACUUCCGGUGAUAGAAAAUCAUUUAUGGACAGAUUAUACGAGAAGCAGUCCACCGUCCAACGAACGAAAUUUACCGUCCAUUUAUUAUGCUCGCAGCUUUAUUCAUAGUAACGAUAAUGAAGUAUUUCCCCCUCCACAUAAGGUAGAACGAACAGAAUCUAAACGUUCAGUUAAACAGUCAAAACGUUCAAAAAGAGAAAAGCCACCACAGGAAGAACGAGUUUUCUGGGUUUUGGCAGCUGAUAUACAACAAUCGGCAGUGUAAAAGUAGAGCAUUGAUAGCUUACUUUAUGUCUGUUGACAUAGUUGUUAAAAAUAAUAUGAAGGGAAUACCAGCAAUUUGUAAGCUUUUUAAGUUUGAACAUCUAUAUAAAAAGUGGUAUGCUAGAUUUCACGGCUAUAAGACAUUACGGGACAUUUUUGUCGUAUGUUUAUUCUUUCAGUUUUGUUUUAGUGUUGUUGGGUUGCUAUUUUUUAUUUACAUAAUGUUUUCAACCAUCAGACAUAGCUUCCUAUGUGGUAUUGGUUUUUGUUCAUCAAUGAAGGUCACAUGGUGGCCAAACGUUGCUAAUAUCAACGUCAUUUCGUCUCUUGUAAGUAAUUGUCUCAUUAAGAUGAUAUUUGAUAUAAGCGGCUGUCUAACUGGAUUUAGCACUUUUUUAAAUGACCUUAGCGAGAUUUAGCGCGCUUUUUCAAUUGACAUAAGCGAUAGUGUGCAAAUCUUUUCGAUUAUUUUUAUUAAUCUAAAUGCCAUCAAUUUCAUUCCAUUUU